AUGGGGGCGGGGCCUGUUCCCGCAGGCUCCGCCCCCGACGGGGUUUGGGGCGGGGCCAGCGAGGAGGCUCCGCCCCCCCGGCCCCGCCUGCGGGAGCUGCUGCGGCGCCACCUGGAGGAGGAAAAAAUAAUGGCGUGGGUGAGGCUGGUCAGCGCGGGGCCGCACGGGGCGGGGUCGGGGCGUGGCCGCGCUCUCGCCCAAUCGGUGCUCGGGGCCCUGGCGGGGGCGGGGCUGACCCGGGCCUGGAGCCGCCCACAGCCCCUCCCCCUGCCCACCAGGGGCGAGGUCACUGCGGUGGUCAUUGUGGUGACCCCUGACCUUUGCCCUCUGACCCAGGGGGGUGAGGUCACUCUGCGCUGGGUGGGGCCGGAGGGGGAGGAGCUCGAGCGGCUCCCGCUGGACCCGGAAGCGUUCUGUGCCUGGAGCGUGUCCGGCAACGCCACGGGGGGUCUGGUCUACGGGCACUUCGGCCGCCCCCAGGACCUGUCCGAGCUCCGGGCCCGGGGGGUCUCGGCCCGAGGUCACGUGAUGCUGCUGCGGCUGGGGAGGGGCAGCCCCGCCCACCAGGUGGCGGCGGCGGCGGCCGCGGGGGCCGUGGGGGUCCUGCUGUACCCGGACCCCCGGGACUCGGCCGGGCCUGGGGGGGACCCCGGGCUGGGGGGGGACACGGCCGUGACCGUGCACAUCCAGGACGGUUUGGGGGACCCCUUCAGCCGGGGGUUCCCCUCGUUCAGCGGCCGCGCCCCCCCCGGGCCCCCCCCGGGGGUUCCCCCGAUCCCGGCGCACCCGAUCAGCGCCAACACGGCGGCGCGGCUCAUCAGGUCCCUGGACUCCCGCCCCGCCCCCCCGCGGUGGCUCCCGGGGGGGUCCCUGCGGUUCCUCCCCCCCCCGGGGGGGCGGCGGCUGCAGCUGAGCCGGGCGGGGGAGGGGACGCGCCCGGGGACCCUGACCAGCGUCUUCGGGGCGCUGCGGGGGCGCCUCGAGCCCGACUGUUACGUCAUCGUGGGCGCCCGACGCGAUUCGCUGGGGCCGGGGGCGGCGGCCUCGGGCGUGGGCACCGCCCUCCUGCUGGAGCUGGCGCGGUUCUUCGCCGCCAUUGGCCGCGAGGGGUUCCAGCUCCGCCGGACCCUCCUCUUCGUCAGCUGGGACGGCGGCGAGUUCGGACACCUGGGGGCCACCGAGUGGCUCGAGGGCUACCCCGAGCUGCUCCACACCAAAGUCGCCGCCUACGUCAGCCUGGACCGCGCCGUGCUGGGGGGCGACCGGUUCGUGGUGAGGACGAGCCCGACCCUGGUGAACCUGGUGGAGAGCGCGCUGGAGCAGGUGGAGAGUCCGAACGAGGGCGGGAAAAGUCUCCUGGAGCAGCUGAGCCGGCCCGGGCGGGGCUGGGAGAGCGAAGUGAUCCGCCCCCUGUCCCCCGACUCCGCCGCGUUCCCGUUCACCGCGGCCGCCGGGGUCCCGGCGCUGGAGCUCGGCUUCGAGGAGGGCCCCGAGUUUGUCCCCAAGCACAUCUUCAACAAGCACGGGGACAAGAUGGCGGCCGGCCCCGAGUUUGUCCCCAAGCACAUCUUCAACAAGCAUGGGGACAAGAUGGCGGCCGGCCCCGAGUUCGUGCGCAAGCACAUCUUCAACAAGCACGGGGACAAGAUGGCGGCCGUGUCCCCAGGCGGUCCCCGCUGGUCCCUGGGCACCCCCCGGGACACUCUGCCAUCCCUCGGGGCGCGGCUCCGGGGGCGGCUCCCGGCGCUGGCCCGGGCGGUGGCCGCGGUGGCCGCGCAGCUCCUGCUGCGCCUCGGACACGAGCCCCGGCUGCCGCUGGACCCCGGCGCGCUCGGGGACGCGCUGGUGCGGCAGCUGGCACCGCUGCAGGUCAGACCAGUAUAA